AAGCCACCGCUGAGGGAAAACUCUGAAGUUUCGGUGUUGUUAAGCUUCUCCUCAGACGAAGUUCCUCGCUUUACCCGCUUUUACGCACAUUUUCUUAAUUUAAUCGCUGUAUGAACAGUUGAACUGUCCUCUCCUGCUCUGGAAUCAGUCUGAAAAUGACCCUUCCUUCGGCGCACAGCACGGCCACCCUGCGCACCGUGAGCGUCGCCUCAGAGCCGGCCGUGACCACGGUGCUGUCCCCCGGACAGUUCAACAUCAAUGGAGCCUCGACCCUGCGAGCGGUCAGCGUGGCGUCCGGAGCUCCGCUACAGUCCGUCCAGUACGUGAACGGCGCCGUGGACGGAAACUUGCUGCAGGGAAACGUGCGGUACCUGGUGCCCGUCCAGCGGUCCGCCGAGUCCUACGUGCUGGUCAACCAGGCGCCGCAGAUGCUGAACCCGGUUUACGUACAGAAUGUGCAAAAUUUGCAGCGGGUCAGCGUCAGCAGCGUGGAGGACACGGACAGCUUCCAGCAGCUGAAUAUCAAUGGCAAAGGUUCAUCUGUAUUCAGCCAAACAUCAAGCCCAACCAAGAGUCCUGAGCCACCAGAGGUGGUGGAGUACACAGAUGUCCGUACACAGUCUUUAAAUGUGGAUUUGAAGAAUGAACUGAAGAGCGAAAUAAAGACUGAGGUGGUGGAGGCUCAGCCAUUGGCCAAGCUGGACACUCGCUUCUUCGGCGAGCUCCUUGCUGAAGUGUACCGCAAGAACUGCAACAUCCACAGCUGCAUUUCUGAACAUGUGGCCAAAAUCCGUGGACGAAAACACCUGCUGGACCCCACCAUUGAUUAUAAGGUGGAGAAAGAAGAGAUAGAGGCCCUCAUUCCUAAAGGCUUGUCUGAACUGACCAAGCAACAAAUCCGCUACCUCCUACAGACGCGCCUGACAGCUGAUAAGACCAUGCGCCUUCUUCUGACCACCUUCAGCAGCCUGAGAGAAGAGUUGGUGCACCUGCAGGAGGAUCUGAGGCGCCUGGAGAGUGAAAAAGAAGAGCUGGAGAGGGACCUGAGCUUUAAGGCUGAGCAGGCACAGCAGUAUGACAGAUUACUGGAAGCUGUACGUGAGAACAACCGACAACUACAGAACUCGCUGAAAGAGACCAGCGCUACCCAGCGCACUCUGGAGACUCAGCUGAUGAGCAGCCGCACCACAGACUCCAGUAAGGAUUUCCGCCUUAAGGAGCUGGAGGGCAGCAAGAGGGCUCUGGAACAGGAGAACGAGCUGUUGCGCAAGAAGUUGGAAGGUCAGUUGAGUACUUCCACUCUGAAUGCUAAGACACAGGAGCUGUCCAGACAUUACGAGCAGAUGCUGAGUGCUUUACGGGAGGAGAAGGACAAAGAACUGAAGAGCAUGCGGUCUCAGCUGGUGAAGAUCCAGACGGAGUACACUACUGAGCGCUCCAGUGAUAAGAGCCUGCAACUGAGGAUUACAGAGCUGCUGACCACACUGGAGCAGCGCGAGUCUGUCAUUAGACGCCAAGAGGAGGAGAUCAGACGGCUCCAGCAGGAGAGGAGCGACAGUUCCAAGAGUGUUACCAAAACUGUAAUCACCAAAAGAUAUAGGAACCAGUACCCUAUACUGGGCCUGCUGAGUGACGACUACCAGGCCACAUCACCUGUGAAGGAGGCCAAGACCAUCGUCAUUGAGAGGACGGGAGAGAUGAUCAAACAGGAAAUCAUUACCACGCCCUAAAGAAAAUGCUUCUCUCUGACAGGAAUGAACACGAGGAAGAUCCAGAAGCCUCUCCCUCCAUCCUAACCCUUCCCUCCCUCUCCCUCCCUUUCCCUCCCUCCCUUUCUCCCCCUAUCCUGCAUGCUAUCGUUCCCAUUACUCCAGGGCUCCAUAGAGUGGUGGUGGUUCCAACCUUAUUGUGGAGGAUGUGGUAUUAUGGGAGUUGAGGCAUGUAAAAGCACAGCUCGUGGUGUUGAGGCCUUCACACUUGUUUAUCAUCAUAUUACACUAUUGGAUUUAGGCGCAUUGCUGCUUCAUGCUGAUUAGAGCUGUGCUGAUGCAUUUAUCUCCACAAUGGCUAACCUGACUGUGUUAUAGCUCAGUAAGGAUGUGUAUUGGGCUUUUUAAAGGACAUUCUUGGUAGUGUUGAAACCGCUUUGGGCUCGAGCCACCACAACCCUACCAGCCUCUGGUCAGCACUCCUGUAAGCAUGUAUGUAAGCACAGACCAUGUGCACUGUAAUGUUACAGUAUGUGGUGACAUUGGUGAUAUUGUGACAUGUAAGGACUUCGGUUAUCUGCCUUGGUUACUUUCCCUCAUGAGUUUUGGAGGAUUGUGCUUAAUUUCUUUUUACUAUGUAUUUUUAUUUUGUUCUUGCCGUUUCAGAGAGUACUGCUGUAGAACGGGUUGCACAGGUGUAGGUUAAUGUUAAGUUGGUGACGGGAAAUUUUGCUAUGCAGAGUUUGUUUUUUGUGGUGGUUAAAGAUGCAUGUGGCAAUGAAGUGACUAUCCUGUCACAGAAAUAAAACAAUAUGGAAUAUUGGGUUGAGGAAAACACUGAGAUAGUAACAAUAACACAGUGAGAGGGUUUUUUGUAUGGUUAAAAUUUUCAACUGCUGAAUUUUGGAAUGGCAUCUAAUAUCUUGGUUGAGGUAUUAUUUUGUUAUUAUUGUAACAUAAUAAGACAUCUGGUUGAAUUAAAAUUAUAUCAAGAGAAGUUGGCAGCUAAUGCGCAUUUUUAACCUUCCCUCCAAGUAAAGCACAAAUCAAGAAUUGCCAAAACAGCAGCAGCGCUAACCUGAGAAGAGUUAUAGACUAACAGACGCUAAUAGACUAAAUCAGGUGUAAUGUUGAGUGAUCUCUGGCGUAGCUAUUCAGAAGCCUCACGCUAAAGCCACAGGCUUUACGUUCCUUUGAGAAUGCUAAAAUAUACACUGUAAUAAUAUGAUUUUACACUGGAUCUAGUGCUGUGUUCGAGUGUUCCUGAGGUUCUAUAUUCAGUCGUAUGCAAAAGUUCAAAUGGAAAUCGUGCACUAAAAUUAGCAGAAAAAUGCCAUAUUUAAGUUUGCUCCCUGUAGAGGAUGUUUUAACUUAUUUUCACUUAGAAAAUCAACAAAGCAUGAAACUUGCCAAACUUGAGAGACACACAGGAAAAAAAAGCAUGUAAGUCCGGAAAAUCCAUAUCCUGCUUUUCUUUGCUAUAUUAAAAAGCGCAUAGAACACAUCGUAGCACAUCAGGUAUAUAUAUUUUUUUCCUCUUUUACUGUCAGACUUAUAUAACAGCUUUAACUGAUUUAUGUAGCAGCCACUGAAAUAGAGUGGUGCCUUUGAAGGGAUAACUUGAUUGGCACGUUGCUUUUGUUCAAGUUCUUUGGGCUGACUCUCAAGAAUGUGGUGACACUCCUGUGUGAAAAUGACAGUUUUCUGAGGUCUUAUCAGAGAGUAAGAGAGAUGAUUGAAGAGUUUUUCCAGGUGAAAAGUAUGUAUUUGUACCUUUUCAUAGACCAAUGAUUUAAAACAGAACAAUAAAGUAAAAAGCCUGGAGACGAGACGGGGUGUGUGGAGUCAAUACAACAAAGAAAAUAUAAUUUCAAUAGUUUAUGGUACAAUUAUGUUCCCUGACUAAAGGUACUGAGGUAUAGGGUACCACCCCAGAGAUGAGAGGGGCCCCAGUGCCAGUUUAGCACUUUUUUCUGAGAGUGCUGUGUGAGUUGGGGAGGGGCAGGUCAAAUAUUUCCUCCAUAUUUUUGACAUUAUAAACACCAUUUAAAAGAAGUGAACACCUCUAUUAUCACUGUUCCAGAGUUGUAGACCACUUCCUCCUCUCUUAUAUCACUCAUUUACAGAAAAUGCCAUUUUCACAGGAAUCAGCACUGCUGUUAUUCUUAGUAAAAUGAAACCAGAUUGAGAAAUAUAGUGGCCUUUUGCCAUUCACAACCAAAAUAACCACCCACUGCAUGUACUUUGUGUUAAAGUAUUUGAUUUGAUUUGUGUUAAAGUUUUUGUUACAUUGUGUGCUUCAAAUAAACAGUAGUUGGGCAUGCGUAAA